AUGACUGAGACCACAUCCUACAGCACUCCUCCCAGCUUCAAUUUUUCAACUACCACUACUGAGAUUGCUUCCUACAGUUCUCUCUGUAGAUUCACUUCGAUCACCAUCACAGAGACCACCCACAGCUACACUACCUCAAUCACCACCACUGAGACCCCCUCACAGAAUACUGCCAGCUUCACUACCUCAAUUACUACCACUGAGACCUCACACAGUACUCCCAGCUUCACUUCUUCAAUCACCACCAGCAAGACCAUCUCACACAGUGCUCCCAGCUGCACUUCUUCUAUCACCACCAGGGAAACCACCUCACACAGUACUCCCAGCUUAACUGCUUCGAUCACCACCACCGAGACCAUAUCCCAGAGUACUCCCAGCUUCACUUCCUUGAUCACCACCACUGAGACCACAUCUCACAGUACUCCCAGCUUCAGUUCUUCGAUCACCAACACCAAUACCACAUCUCCCAGCAAUCCAGGCUUCACUUCUUUGAUCACCACCACGAAGACCACCUCCCAAAGCCCUCCCAGCUUCACUUCUUUGAUCACCACCACCGAGACCACCUCACACACUUCUCGCAGCUUCACUUCUUCCAUUGCCACCAGUGAGACCACAUCCUACAGUACUCCCAGCUUCUCUUCUUCAAUCACCACCAGCAAGAUUCCCUCACACAGUACUCCCAGUUUCACUUCUUCAAUCACCAUCACGGAGAUCACAUCACACAGUACUCACAGCUUCACUUCUUCAAUCACCACCACCGAGACCCCCUCAAACAGUAUUCCCAGCUUCACUUCCUCAAUCACCACAACAGGUACCACCUCACACAGUACUCCCAGCUAUAUUUCUUUGAUUACCAGCCCGGAGACCUCUUCACACAGCAAUCCCAGCUUCACUUCUUCGAUAACCACCACUGAGACCACAUCCCACAGCACUCCCAGCUUCCAUUCUUCAAUCACCACCACUGAGACUGACUCAUACAAUUCUCCCAGCUUCACUUCUUCGAUCAUCACCACAGAGACCACCUCACACAGUACUCCCAGCUUCACUUCCUUGAUCACCACCAUGAAGACCACAUCCCACAGUACUCCCAGCUUCACUUCUUCAAUCACCACCAGGGAGAUCCCGUCAUACAGUACUCCCAGCUACACUACCUCAGUCACCAUCACUGAGACACCCUCACAGAGU